CAAAAAAUUAAUUAAUCCCAAAUAUCUCUAAAUCUUUGCUUUUCAAAGAAUAAAAUAAAUACUAAUCACAUCUUAAUCCUAUUGACUAUAAAAACCAAACAAAUGACUCAAUGAAGACAAAAAAAGAUUUCUCUACUGUCAUUUCAACAAAGUUUCAGCUUCCAUAUUCCUACUUCUUCUUCUUCCCUUCAGCCCUGAAAUAUUUUGUUCGUUUUUUCUCUUUAUUUUUGGUUUUUGGGAUUCUGGGUUGUGAAAGAAAUUCAAGAAAAUGGGUCAGGAAUCGUUCAUAUACAGCUUUGUUGCAAGGGGUACUAUGAUUUUAGCUGAGUAUACAGAGUUUACCGGCAACUUUCCGGCCAUUGCAGAUCAGUGUCUGCAGAAAUUGCCUUCAUCCAACAGCAAAUUCACUUACAAUUGUGACCACCACACUUUUAACUUCCUUGCUGAAGAUGGUUUUGUUUAUUGUGUUGUUGCCAAAGAAUCUGUGGGGAAGCAGAUUUCGAUUGCUUACUUAGAGCGUGUUAAAGCCGAUUUUAAGAAAAGAUAUGGUAGUGGCAAAGCCUCCACUGCUGGUGCGAAAAGCCUAAAUAAGGAGUUUGGACCGGUAAUGAAGGAGCAUAUGCAGUUCAUAAUUGACCAUGCCGAUGAGAUUGAUAAACUGAUUAAAGUUAAGGCCCAAGUUUCAGAAGUAAAAAAUAUAAUGUUGGAGAACAUAGAUACGGCAAUGGAGAGAGGGGAAAACCUAACAGUUCUUGUUGGCAAAGCUGAAAAUCUACGUGAUUCGGCAAGGCAUUUCGAGAAGAAUAGUACACAGAUACGAAGAAAGAUGUGGUAUCAGAAUAUGAAAAUAAAAUUGGUUGUGCUUGGAAUCAUCCUGUUCUUGAUCCUUGUAAUCUGGCUGUCAGUAUGUCGUGGCUUCGACUGUACCAACUAGCAUCUGUACUAGCACGCCAAGUUCGGAAACAAAUGCCACUAUCAUUCAAAACUCUGCAAAGGAAUACGAAAGAAAGCUGUUGGAGAGGGGAAGAUUUACUCAUAGAAUGGGGGAAGUUCCCUUUGUCAGGGAUUUAUUGGUUUUUAUUUGGUCGGAUAAACCUAAAAGCGUAAUUCUUUUUGAGUAUAGUAGUGAGGAUUCUUGUGAACAUAGUUUUUAAAGUUAAAGAUUAGAAGUAGGAAAUGGGAUGCCAUAUUCAAGUUGUAGUAGUUGUCUGUAAAUUGCCAUUUUCAAGCAAUGGUUAUGUUAUGUGGAUGAUUUUCAAUCUCUUUAAUGCCUGGAUUUCGAUCAGGGGAACAAGACUAAAACUUCUCAUACGAACAAAAAUACAGAAAAGUUGAAGUUCGUAGUCUUGCGCGUCGAGUUAAUUAUCUCGACGUAAAAGUAGACGAACGAAAACAAACAAAAUUGAG